GCCGGCUGUCUGCCGAGCGGCGGCGCGGCGCGGCGCGGCGGCGGCGGCGGCUGCAAUCGAUGCCGGGCGACCGGCGGCGGCGCGGCGCGCGGCGGCAGUGAGACUGUGUCCGGAGACGUGUGGCCAUGUAGCGAGGAGACCGUCGCCGCCAUGUCGAGGCCGACCCUGUGGAUCGUCUGGAUAGCAGCGCUCUGCGCGCUCGGCGAUGCCGUGCACGUCAGCCUGGAGCACGCCGAGGACGGCUUCUUCUACCGCCCGGCGGCGAGCGGCGCUGCCCCGCCGUCGUCCGGCGACGCUCCGGCCGACGGCUGGCUCAGCGGGCUGCACCUGUUCACGCUGCGCGACCCGCGCCAGCCGGCGCUGGUGCGCGCCGACCACGGCCCGUUCACCACCCGCCAGUCGGCGCCCGUGCCGCUGCCCAUCGAGGUGGCCAACAUCACCGACCCGGUGCACUUCCACGCGGCGGCGCCGCGCGUCAGCGCCCACCUGGUCACCCGCGAGGUCACCCAGGAGCGGCCCGUGCUGCGCGUACUGAUGGCGGCCGCGCCGGCCGGCGGCGGCGGCGCGCGGCCGCACCAGCGCACCCUCUGCGUCACCGUGAUGGUGAGCCGCGGCCACGAGCUGCUGACGGCCCACUGUCAGCCGGACAGCACGGGCGUGUGUCUGGCGGAGGCCGUGCUGCCGGCCGCCUGGUGGCCGCGCCGACCGUCCGCCCACGCCGGCAAGAAGCCCGUCAAGAACCAGGCGGCCGUCUCCUACCUGCUGAGCGCCGCCAGUGGCCGCGGCGACUGCGCCGCCGGCGAGGCCGGCCUGCCCAGCCAGCCGGUCACCACCGCAGGAGUGGUCUCCCUCACACACGCCCGAGAGGCCAGCAAGCUGUACGAGCUGGGCCGACACGUGCGGCUGGCCGUGCCGCACGGGCCGCUCUACCCCAAGACGCGGGUCUACAUCCCCGUAUUCGUGGUGCCCAGCGAGCAGGAGGCGGUCUUCGGCUUCACGCUAAGGGCCCGCGUGCGUCACGACCUGCAGGUACUUGGCGCCGAGCUGGCCUCUGAACGCUGGAACAUCAGCGUCACGUCCAGCAAACGGCGCGGAGCUGUCACCGUGACGGCGUACGGCCGGCAGGGCCCGCUGCCGGCCGUCACCGAAUCAUCCAACACAGACGGGGCGUACGAGGUGUUUACGCUGCUGCUGCGCGUGGAGGAGCACCCGGAGCUGCGGGAGGGCGGCAAGGUGAUCUGGAGGCUGCAGUACCUCUCCGGAGGACGGCCACAGGACGGUGACCCGGCCGGGGACCAGCGCAGACACCCGCGGCGGAAGAUUGUCACCCAGCUGAACCUGCAGAAGGACGACACACAGAUGGUGCUGCCGAUGGCCAAGACAACCGACCUGGUGAACACGGCCAUGCUGACGGGCGCCCAGGUCACCGAGCCGCUGCGCGUCUUCAUGGUCAGCCAGUCGGGAGACGUGGCCGACGUCACACUCAAGUCCUCCUGCAAGUCGACCGACGAGAGCGUCCUCAAGGUGUCCUCCUCGUGCACGUCGGUCUACCUGGACGGCUCGGAGGCCCGGGGUAGUCAGAACGCGACCGUGAUCGUCGACUACGGCACCUACCACGGCUCCGCCAGUUUCAGAGUCUGGGUUCCUGAGGAGCCGCUGGAUAUUGAGAUCCCGGAUCCAAAGCUGAGCGAGAUCCGAGGGUGGAAGGUGCGCACCCCGGCUGCCGGCAAACACCCCAACGAUCUCAGCAGGCUCUUCACGCCGACGGCGGCCUACCCCAGCGAGAGGACGACGUGCCAGGUGCGCUACCAGCAGACGCCGCUCGAGGUGUAUGCCAAGUUCGUGUCUCGGGACGACAACUCGGGCCGCGUGUCGUACGUGGCCGGCCGCAAGACCUCGCUGCGGGUCACCGACCUGGUCAAAGGUCACCUGCGGGUGGCCGACCCGCAGUUUGCCACGCUGCGAGACAACCUGCUAGUGGGCAAGGCGCCCGGCCGGACUCGUGUGCAGCUGCUGUCGCCGAUCACGGGCGCCGAGGUGGCGUCCCGCGAGUUCCGCGUCACCGGCGACCGGGUAUCGGUGGCCGCCCUGGAGGCCUCCGUCAUCAGCGGCCUGCAGCUGGCCGUGUCCCGCCGCGCCGAGAACGAGUACGCGGCCGUCACCAGCGUCACCAGCCGGCUGACGGCACAGUACCAGGAGGGCCUGCUGGACCUGACGCUACUGUUCAGUGACGGCACGCGCACGCCGCUGUCGGACGUCGAGUCGUCCAACUACGCGCUGGACGUGGACACGCUGGCGCCGCGCGUGGUGGCGCUGGCGCCGCAGACCGGCCACCAGACGCGCCUGCUCGCCAUCGCGCCCGGAAAGGGAAAACUCAUCAAGGUCUCUCUGGAGAUGGACGAGGCGUGUGGGAAGCGGCGCCACGAGGAGCUGGCCACCACCUACGUGCACGUGGAGGUGCAGUUUCCAGGCCAGUUUCUGUCCGAGGGCAUCCAGAACGACGCGUCGCACCUGCUGGGCCGGCCGGAGCUGUACGAAGGGGAGCGGCACGGCCUGCAGCAGGUGCUGGAGGACGCCGUGAAGGCCGGCAAGGACGGCGCCUCGGUGUCUGUGGGCGCCAAGCGGCACCCGCACGGCUCCGGCCACCGGCUGCAGCCGCUCGAGGUCGGCAUGUUCAUCCUGCUCGGCGUCUUCUGCGUGGUCAUCGCCAUCUUCAUCGCCGCCUGCUUCGUCUACGCAGGACAGGUGAAGCGUGCCAACAAGGAGGGCGGCGUCGGCGGCGCGCGCCAGUCGCACGCCAACGCCCAGGACUGGGUGUGGCUGGGCCGCUCCAGCCUGGAGCACGUGGCCACGCGCAGCUCGUGCUCGCAGAGCCAGCUGGCCGUCAGCGACAUGAACGCCAACGUGGACCGGUUCCCGCCGGCCAGCCGCGAGCGUGACCUGCACAUCACAGUGAACCCGCAGCAGCCGGCCGGCUCUGCGGCGGCCGGCGGCCAGCAGCAGCGGCUGCAGCAGCACCAGCAGCUGCUGCAGGAGCGCCAGGACCAGCAGCAGCAGCAGCAGCAGCAGCAGCAGCAGCAGCAGCAGAAGAAGCAGCGGAGGAAGCCGCCGCCGCAGAAGGCCGUCGACAGCAGGACAUUUGUGAAGAGCCGCUCCGACCAGCCACUCUACCAGAAUGUCGGUUGUCUGUACGAGGAGGACGGGGAGGAGGAGCUGCCCUCGGAGUCGGAGGACACGUCCUGCGCUCCGCCGCCGGUGCCCCCGCACCAGGCGCCGGCAGCAGCGCCGCCCGGCGGCCGCCAGGCGGCGCCGUUCGUCCGGCCGGCGGCGCGCCAGGCGGCCGUCCGACGCGCCAACGUGGUCGAGAACCCGCUGCUGCGCGCCCGCUCCGAGCCCGAGGCGCGCCAGGCGGCCGCCGAGCUCGGCCUCGGCAUGGACUACGACGAGCUGAUGCGCUACUUCGACAGCCUCAAGGAGUCAAACGCCUAGAGGGCGCCAGUAUUGGGCGGCGGCUGUGCAGGCCGCGCGAGUCAUAUAAAGUCCCAGCCGGGCGCCGGGCGGCGGUAGCGCCGCGCCGGACGGCCGCCUAUUUGUUAUUUAUUUAUUAUUAUGUUGUGCGCGCGGUCGUCGUUGUGUCGAGCGAUGGUGGCACAUUAUCGAGUCAUCCUCGAGUCCUCAUCAUGUGCGAUUCACGUUACCAUUAAUGUCCCCGCGAUAUGUCACCAACUGUAGUGUAUAUCUUACACAAACGUUCCUCAGUUGUCUUGGGGCUGUCGCCUAUUGGUCCAGAAAUUAUAAUGAGGCAAAGUAAUGAUCAGUCAUAAUGAUAUUGAUUUACUGCAUGCCUAUUUUAUAGAACUUAUAGGUGUCAUUCCGUAGAGCUAAACAAAUGACAGGUAGGCAACAGCCAUUGUUCCCUGUUCAAUUUCUGGACCGACAGGCAGCGUACCCUGAUUGUUCGCGCCUCGGCAUUGAUAACAUAUAGUAUGCCAUCUUUCCCAUGACGUAGAGUUCUAGGCGCCCGUGCUGGCGUAACCUUGUGUUGUCAUUGUCAAGGAAAACGGCACAAAUGCUGCACUCGGCCGGCAGACCGGUUCCGUGCAGCCGAAAUAAAAGCCGUGAUUAAGUUUUGCGCAUUUCCAUUUGCACUUCUCGGAAUGUAACCGGCACAUUGUACUGAAGUAAGUAGUGGAUGACAUCUUAGUGUUGCCAUUUCCGGCAUUCCGACUUCCGAGGUGACUACAAAAUAAUGCCAAAAGUUUCCGGUGAGAUAGAUCCUAUUCCCGAGGGUCGCUGUUUCUGUACAUAUGCAUUACGCACAGCUGCGGGCCUGGCUCAAGCCAGACCUGUCCGUCGAUCUAGUUAGUUACUAGUUAGUUUACAAGUACCGGAACGUAUCUGACGAGGCUGUUCACGCGGUGUUGUUCUGUGCUGUCCGCCCGUCUGCCGCGCACCUGGGGAGAGGCUACCGGCGCACCGUGACCUGCGCGUCCCCCGGGACGAGGCUACUCACCGCCGAGACGCCCGCUCGGAGCUCAGCUGCAGGCCCGCUGCGUUACCUCUCUGUAGUCGGGACUGGCCGUUGGCAGCUGGCCCGUGUAGGCUAGAGCGGCUCUGUCGCACUGGAUAGGCGGUGUAAGACGGUACAGAAUGCUAGUCGAACCGGCGGAGGGACCCUCGCACCCGCGCCACUCAAACCCGGGGUCCGGGCACUGAAUGAUAUGUUUUGCUUAUUGUGCUUUGUGUGCGUGUCAGGUUAGAUUAUUCUUCCGAGGCAGAAUCUCACGGGGACGCUGUGCGGCGUUUCCAUGGUGACGACAAUCUGCGGCGUCUGUAUUGCACGUGCCAUAGCGAGUGCCGCGAUCGGUGUCUGUCAUUAGAGUCAGUAAUUAGCUCACUUCUGUCUGUCCCUCAUAAAUAUAUUUGAGAGUAUCAUUGAUUAAACCGAUUGCUAAAUUAUCAGAGUCAGAAUAAUACAGCGUAACCUUCGAUCCA